AUGGAAUCCUUCAUUUACCCCUCUUACCAAGAUGUUACCAGUUUGGACCACCUACCAGAACCGGAACCAGUGAGCCCUUCCUACCUCUCCUGGACCAUCCCUCUCUCCUUCAACUUCACUUUCCCUGAGCUGGAACUUCCUUCCCAAUGUCGAGAUAAUUCCACUUGCCCCACGAAUAUUUUCACUGUUCCAGCAAUGGAGACAUUCACUGGAUCUGACACUUCCUCUUCGGAAGUUCUGACUCAUCUUCCAGCGAAUCCUGCUGUGGAUAUGUCUAUCCUACCUCCUCUCAAGAGUUCACACAGAUCUCCCUGUCCUUCUCCGAGUACUUCACCUGCUAGCUCACCGACUUCAACAAACCUGUCCGACCAGGCAAUCACUGCACAGUCCCUGUACGAUGAACAGCAGUUCGACGAGCUUAAGUCUUACCUCUCCGUCAGCUACUUCCCUUCCUCAGACCAUCCUCACCUCCAGAAACUCUACUACAAUUCUCUUUACGAGCUCUAUAAGAUCUCUUCCGGCAAACGACACCUGAUUCCCACUACUAAAUAUCGAUUGAGAAAAUCAAACCCUCUUCCCUCUACAAUUUCGUCCGUGAAGUUCCAGAGCAACAACCACUUUGACGACAAUGUCAAAUCCCUACUUCUUUCUGUUUUCAAGAAAGAGAGAACUCCCUCCCAGGAAACUAUUCAGAUGCUGAGCGAGAACACUGGUCUGACUGAGAGACAGAUCAGAAACUUCUUCAAGAACAAAAGAUGCAGAGCUUAA